UAACGAUGUAAUACUGCCACCAGCUGUGCUGGAGAAACCGUCAGUAUAUUAAGAGCAGGGUUAGACAUAGGGAGUCUGAAAAAAAAAAAUCAGUUUUCUUUGAAAUUGUAGUGUUUAAAUAAGUGUGUGAGCAUGCAUGAUGUGUGUGCUCUGCAACGGCUCCAGGGUCCAGGGUGUACCCCGCCACAUGCUCGAAGUUUCCUGGUCCAGUCCCUUUUUGUUAAGGAGACGAAUGGCUUGUGGAAAGAAGCUGUUGCACAGUCGGCAUGUGAGGACCCGAAUGCUUUGGUACCUUUUUACAGAUGGCAGAAGGGCAAAGACAUUUCUUGGUUGUGGUGACAGAAAGAAAAACCCCUAAAAGGUCUGCCUAUAAAAGACCCUCAGCAGAUGCUGCAUUGAGACAGAAAAUUCAGCUCUUGAGGGGUCAGAUAUCUCUACACAGCCAAUCAAUCAGCAUUUUCAACCAGGAUGCUCCGAAACAUCCUUCUUGCUUCUUUCCUCAUAGGCUCAGCCUGUGCCAUGCACCUGGAAUACCUGAAAGUUGACUCUGACGAACUCCUUGAUGGGAAUUUGAUUUUGGACAUUUCUAAUGAUUCUGUCGAUCAGAAUGAGGAUUUGCCAAUGACUAAAGAACAGAUCCCUGUUGUGUGUUGGGCUUGUAAGUGGGUCAUGAAAAAAAUGAAGAAACAUCUUGGUGAUCAUGAAAAAGUUGAAAGUAUUAAAGCAAAGUUGAAAAGAGUCUGUGACAAAAUCGGGCUUGCGAAAACUGUCUGUAAGAAAAUGAUCGAUAACAACAUGGAUAUCCUGGUGAAUGAACUUUCUUCUGGUGAUGAUCCAGCAACAAUUUGUGCCAAUGCUGGUCUUUGCAAGGCGGUAGAGAUGCUGGAAUUGAUCCAAGCAUUACCACAAAUCUACCAGAAGAUCUGAAGCAGCACAAAACUUCAGCAAAGAAUGUUUCAAAAUGUCAAUAAAUAUUUGAAAUAUAAAUGUUUGCAAACC